GGUCUGGUCUCCAGACAAAAGUAAAAGUAGCAGAGUGAGUCUUUCUAAUAUUCUGAUUUCUCUCUCAAUCUCUUCUUUUUUCUCCUUCCCCUCCGCCCUGUUCUCGUCAAUUCUGGAACAGAUUUCAGUUUGAUCAAAUCUUAGACGUUCUGUUUUCUGUGUCUGUAUGUGUAAAUAUAUGUAGUAGAGAGGUUUAUGUAUUAGGUCGGGGUUCCGAUGGGGUGUACGCAAUCGAAGAUCGAGAACGAAGAGACGGUGGCCAGAUGCAAGGAGCGGAAGAUGUUCAUGAAGGAGGCGGUGGCGGCGCGGAACGCUUUUGCGGCGGCCCACUCCAGCUACGCUGUUUCCUUGAAGAAUACUGGCGCUGCCCUCCAUGAUUACGCAGAAGGUGAAGCUCAAUUCACUUCUGCUUCUGCUGCUGCUGCUGCUGCCGCCGCCUCCACUUCCGGAUCUUCCUCCGUUCCCGGAAGCUCCGUGGGAAUCCCGCCUUCUAUGACUUCCAACUAUGACCUGCCCCCUCCCCCACCUCUUCCUUUCUUCACGCCGUCUCCUCUGCAGCGCGCCGCCACCAUGCCAGAGAUCUCCAUACCCACGCCCGACUUGAAGCACGAAGACCCGAUUAUUGAGGAGACGGAGGAGGAUAUUGAGGAUGAAAGUGUUCAUGGACUGAAGCAUCGGAGUAGUAAAAGUAGUGGCGGUGGUGGAAUUGGGGGCAGAGUGGACCUGCCGCCGCCUUCGCCACCGCGGACGCCGCCGCAGAGUAUUCCAAUGCCGCCACCGUCGCCUCCGCUCCAUGAUAACUGGGAUUUUUUCUCCUGGGGUCACGAUGCCGGACCUACACUGGCGGACGUGGAUGAGGGCAGAGUUGAAAGAGAGGAACUUCAGCGGAAGCUGUUGGAGGAAGAGGCUAAAAGAAGGGCAAAUGAUGUAAGCGACGGUGGUAGCAAAGGGGGAGGUAGGAGAAGUGGUAAAGAAGAGGCAACUGAGGUGGCAGACAAAGUUGCAGAGCCUCCAACACAGCCGCCUCCCCCUCAGGCAGCACCCACAAAGGUUGCAAAAAGAGUGAAAGUUCAAGCUCCACCUGAGGGUAAAAUGAAAUCCGGGCAGCCUGCAAAUCUUCUACAGAUAUUUUCCGAACUCGAUGAUUAUUUCCUCCGGGCAUCAGAAAGUGCUCAUGAAGUAUCCAAGAUGCUCGAGGCAAAUCGAUUGCAUUAUCACUCAAACUUUGCUGAUCCUAAAGGGCAUGUUGAUCAUGCUACAAAAGUCAUGCGUGUCAUUACAUGGAAUAAGUCCUUCAAAGGCAUGCCAAAUCAAGAUGAUGGGAAAGAUGACUUUGAUUCAGAAGAAAAUGAAACACAUGCCACUGUACUAGACAAGAUGCUAGCAUGGGAGAAAAAGCUCUAUGAUGAGGUUAAGGCGGGUGAGCAAAUGAAACUUGAGUAUCAAAGAAAGGUCGCUUCACUAAAUAAGCUAAAGAAGCGCGGGACAAAUACAGAAGCAUUAGAGAGAAUGAAGGCAACAGUUAGCCACUUGCAUACAAGAUAUAUUGUUGACAUGCAAUCCAUGGAUUCAACUGUUUCAGAAAUAAACCGCUUACGUGAUGACCAACUUUAUCCAAAAUUAAAAUCACUUGUUGAGUCGAUGGCUAGAAUGUGGGAGACCAUGAAGGGACAUCAUGAGAAUCAAUGUCAGAUCGUGCUAGCUCUGAGGUCUCUGGAUAUGUCGCAGUCCCCCAAAGAAACAAGUGAGCACCACUAUGAACGCACUUACCAGUUAGGUGUUGUUGUACAAGAGUGGCAUUCACAGUUUGAGAAAAUGAUAAUCCACCAGAAGGAAUAUAUUAGAGGCCUGAACGAUUGGUUGAAGCUAAAUCUGGUUCCUAUUGAUACAAAUCUGAAGGAAAAGGUUUCAUCCCCACAAAGGCCCCAGAACCCUCCAAUUCUUGCACUUCUGCAUGCCUGGCAAGAUCUGAUUGGGAAGCUUCCUGAUGAGCUUGCUAAAACCGCUAUUUAUAGCUUUUCUGCUGUUGUAAAUACCAUCGUGCAACAUCAACUAGAUGAGAUGAAAUUGAAGGACAGGUGUAAGGAUACAAGAAAGGAGCUUGAAAAGAGGACCAGGCAAUUUGAGGACUGGUAUCAUAAGUAUAUGCAACGGAGAACUCCAAACGAUGACACAGAACAAGAUGGACCUCACGAGGAUAACAAUGUAAUCGAGCGACAACUACAACUAGAAGCACUGAAGCAGAGGUUGAAAGAGGAGGAGGAGGCCUACAUGAGGCAGUGUAUGCAGGUCAGAGUGAAGUCACUGACUAGUUUAAGAACAGGCCUUCCCGAACUUUUUCAUGCAAUGUCAGAAUUUUCUCGUGCUUGUUCGAUUAUGUACCAGACUUUGGAGUCCAUCACACAUCCGCUUAACAGAGAGAGCACAUAACCGGGUAAUGUUUGGCCUCACAAGAUUUUGCGUUGUUCAUAAUUUACUCAGAAUACAUUACAUUACAUUGUAUUGUGUUCUGUCAUUUUGUGUGCUGAGAAACCCAAAAACAAUGUGAUGUGAUAUUUUACUAUGUAAUUUUCAAUAGUCAACAUGGUACUGAGUUCCUUGAAUGAACUUUUCAUUUUCUCAAGUUGCU